UGAUUUUGCAUUUCCGGGGGGGAGAACUGUUUGUAAAACAAAACAGUUCACUCCCCUGUCUGCUCCUGCACACAGCUUGCAUGACUGCGCAUAGUACAGCCAUGCAAAGCAGUGUGCUUACAGUGAAGCACUAACACAGCACACUUAGUAAAACAGCACACAGUUAACCCUUUGAUCACCCCUCAUGUUAACCCCUUCCUGCCCAGUGCCAUUAGUACAGUGUCAGUGCUUGCUUUUAAUUAGCACUGAUCACUGUAUUGGUGUUACUGGGGAUGUCAGUGACACCAAGUCAGUUCCCCCCAGUGUCAGAAUGUCCACCCCAGACCUGCUAUAAGUCGCUUAUCUCCACCAGUAAAAAUAAAAAAUAA